AUGGCUUAUAAUUUGGUUUAUUCAUGGUGCCUUGUGUUAGCGGUGGUAGUUGGUGGAGCAGCAGCUGGGGAAUAUUCAGCCCCAGCUGGAUUUCAACCUACUCCAUGGCAACAAGCCUUUGCCACAUUUUAUGGUGAUGAAUCGGCUUCCGAAACCAUGAGCGGAGCAUGCGGAUACGGAAACUUGUUCAACACCGGCUAUGGCACGGACACGGCGGCGCUGAGCACAACGCUAUUCCAAAACGGGUACGCGUGUGGGCAGUGCUUCCAGCUCCGUUGCGUAAAUUCAAAGUGGUGCAACAAAGGGUCACCCAUCACGACCAUCACCGCCACCAAUCUCUGCCCGCCCAACUGGUCUCAGGACUCCAACAACGGCGGCUGGUGCAACCCGCCCCGCUCCCAUUUCGACAUGGCCAAGCCAGCUUUCAUGAAGAUUGCUCAGUGGACCGCUGGCAUUGUUCCAGUCACAUACCGCAGAGUAGGAUGCAAUAAGAAAGGGGGAAUAAGGUUCAAGUUCGAGGGGAACGGGUACUGGGUGCUGGUGUACGUGAUGAACGUCGGGGGAGGGGGGGACGUGGCGAAUAUGUGGGUGAAGGGAAGCAAGACGAACUGGAUUAGCAUGAGCCAUAACUGGGGUGCUUCAUAUCAAGCAUUUGCAACACUUGGUGGGCAGCCGCUUUCAUUCAAGAUCACUUCAUACACAUCGCACCAAGUUUUAAUUGCAAACUAUGUUACCCCUGCAAAUUGGCAACCCGGAAUGACUUACACUGCCAAUGUUAAUUUUCAGUGAUUACACCUAUUUUUACAACAUUAAUAUAAUUACACCAUGUACUACUUUUUUUUGUUAAUUAAGUUCGCUGAUUUACUCUUUCUACGAGUAACUAAUUAAGAUGCGCAAGGAUAGGUACUUUAUUUUAAUUUAUA